AAAGCUUCAUUUCAGCUCUAUAAAUAUCACCUAAACUGAUCACUAGUUACUAAAAAAAAAAAAAACAAACCAAAAAAACUUCAUCGAAUUCUUCAUCAGUUUGAUCCACCAGAGAGAGCACAUGGCUCCAGUGGGAUUGCCUCCUGGUUUUCGAUUCCACCCGACUGAUGAAGAACUCGUGAAUUAUUACCUCAAGCGAAAAAUCCAUGGCCAAGAGAUCGAGCUGGACAUCAUCCCUGAAGUCGAUCUCUACAAAUGCGAGCCAUGGGAAUUAGCUGAGAAAUCAUUUUUGCCAAGUAGGGAUCCAGAGUGGUAUUUCUUUGGGCCAAGGGACAGGAAAUACCCAAAUGGGUUCAGAACAAACAGAGCAACAAAAGCUGGGUACUGGAAAUCCACUGGCAAAGAUCGAAGGGUUUCCAGCCAACACCGUGCCAUUGGGAUGAAGAAGACUCUGGUGUAUUACAGAGGAAGAGCUCCUCAGGGGAUCCGAACUGAUUGGGUUAUGCAUGAAUACCGUCUUGAUGAUAAGGAAUGCGAGGAUACUUCUGGUCUUCAGGAUUCAUACGCAUUAUGCCGUGUGUUCAAGAAAAAUGGAGUAUGCUCUGAGAUUGAAGAACAACAACAACAACAAAACCACCACCAACAACAGUUUGGAGGACAAUCAAGCUUCUCUGCAUCAUCUUCAUCAUCAGCAGCAUUUCUAGAUUACACCAGUACCCAAACUCAUCAUCAUCAAGUCAAUGUGACUCAUGAAUACCAAACUCCGUCGCCCGUCGAUGCUCAGUUAGCAUCGACAACAACCUCCGCGUGCAUGGAAGAAGAAGAUAAAGAUGAUUCUUGGAUGCAGUUCAUCACUGAUGAUGCAUGGUGUUCAUCCUCAGCUCCUCCGUUCGCCGUCGGCCAUGAAGGGGUGUCUCAAGUAGGGUUCAUAAACUAAAUCAUAGCUGGGAUGGAUUUGGUGGGAGAAAGGUCAUACAGAAGUUUACAAAAAACAAAGCAUAAAAUUCAGAAGAAGAAUAAUAAUUUCACAGAAAAAAAAUUAUAUACUUUUGGGUCAUUAUGAAAUAUCUUCAUUAUCAUGGGAUUUGUUGGAAAACUUGAAUUUUUCUUGGGAUUAAUUUUUUUUUUUUUUUUGUGUUGGAGAUUUAACGCUAUCAUCACAUUGAUGAUAGUAUGAUUAUCUAAUUGUAUCUAGGUUUCUGCUUAAAUGAUUUGGAUUUACAGGUGAUCAGUUGUAGACGUUUAUGACUUUACAGAGUUCAAGUUUCUUUAUAAACCUCUUUUUAAAAGUGAAGGCUGCUAGGUGUAACCUGCAGAAUGACGGGGUGGUUUCUUUGAUGUUUUUCC